CUGGCUGAAGUAGGCUUAGGGUGGAGGUGUCCAAAAGUCCGUGCGGUUUGGAGAAGAAUGUUUCCGGAGUGGGAUGGACAAGGUGGGAGGAAAGGGAAAUGAGAAAACCACUUCUGACGGGCAACGGAUGUGUGCGCAUGUUUCGGUGUUUGGGGUCUCCUCUCCCAGUUCUCGGCCCCCACGGGGAGAGUGGCUGCAGGCUGGGGAAGGGAGGACGGCCUGCCAAGCUAGCUCCCGGCUCUUUCGCUAAGCCUGCCAGUCGGGGCUGCCCCGGAAUCCGGGAGUUGUGCGGGGCGCAGGCCUCUGCUGCUCCUCCCCAGGGGCCGAGUGCGGCUCACACCCUCCCUCCCACGCAAGCACACGGACCGCCGGGCGCCGCUCCCACCCGCGGACCCCAGGCGCCUUCCCUUGCACCCCCACUCCCGCCUGCUGCCGAGGCUCCAGAUGGCGGCUCCUUGCGCUCGGCUCGCGGCCCCCAGACGCCGCCCGGCAGCAGCCGGCCGUCGCUCCCUCCCUCCCAGCUGCUGCAGCAGAGCUCGGGACCGUUUUUGCAAGGCGGGCGGGCUCCUCCGCAAGCUUCAGCCGGGGCAGGAGCGCGGCGCCGAAGGGCUCGGGACAGCCGAGGGGCCCGCAGGAGCUGCGCUCCGAGGAGUCAACCCUACCGACCCCAGGUGCUUCUGCGGGUGCCCUCGGAAACAGCCCUGAGAAUGGCAGCUCGCGGAGAUUGAGGCCAUUCUCUUCCAAGGACCUGGGAUGAUGGCUGUUUGAUCUGAGGAUACUGAUACACAAGGAAAACCAAAGCUAUUCAGACUCCUCAUUUGUCCAGCAGCCUAACAGUGGUGCCCUUUCUCUGCGGCUGCUCUCCCUGCUUCAGCAGCAGCAGUUAUGGUAGAAGCAGAUGGCUACUGAUUGGGGGAGCUUUGUGGCUCUAAUACUGAAUACUUUAUGGAAAAGGACUUUAUCAUGCUUCGUUGGGCAGAGGAACAAGGGGACGAGAUUUAUGGCCAGGAAAAAUAAAUCUUUUUCCAAGUUGUGGCUCCUCUCCAGUGUCUCCUUUGCCCUGGGAGUCGAGCACUGAGGAAUUGGUUUGAUUUUAUUUUACACUCUUUUCUGCUAAAAGUCCAGGUCUGAAGGGAGCAUGGUCUAAGAGCCAAAAGUGUAUGAAAUACCACCCCCUCCCCAUUAUUGUUGUUGCAUCAGCAUUCUCUGCCCCCAACAAAAAAACAGAAGGGUAUGGUCUUGAAUGCCAUGUGGAGCGAUAUUUUCCUGGAUGUCUUGU